UCUCGAAUCGAUCCAUUUCUCAUCACGUCUCACACCCGAUUGGAAUUCCAUGGCGAGCAACGAUCCAGAUCGCGAGGAGGAGGCUGUUGCCGGCGAGGACGAGGACACUGGCGCGCAGAUCGCCCCCAUCGUCACCCUCUCGGAAGUCGCCGUCACCACCGGCGAGGAGGAGGAGGACGCCUUGCUCGAUCUGAAGGCGAAGCUGUACCGGUUCGAUAAGGAGGGGAACCAGUGGAAAGAGAGGGGCACGGGGAGCGUGAAGCUUUUGAAGCACCGGGAGACGGGAAAGGUGCGGCUGGUGAUGCGCCAGGCGAAGACCCUCAAGAUCUGCGCCAACCAUCUAGUUAUUCCGUCGAUCAAGAUUCAGGAGCACGCGGGGAAUGAUAAAUCGUGCGUGUGGCAUGCGUCGGAUUUCGCUGAUGGGGAGCUGAAGGAGGAGAUGUUCUGCAUUCGGUUCGGCUCAGUAGAAAACUGCAAGAAGUUCAUGGAGACGGUUGAAAGCAUUACAGAAACUCUCGGAAAGAGCGAAGAGAAGGAGAGCGAGGAUGCCUCGGCAGCUGCUGGACUAUUGGAGAAAUUGAGCGUUGCUGAAAGCAAAACAGAGAAAGCUUCAGAGGAAGCUCCAGCCACUUCUGUCAAGGCAGAAGAAUCAUCGGAGGUGGAAAAACCCUAAGCUGAGGAAUCAACUAAGUCCGAGGGGUGUUGUUGUUGUUUGAUGGGAGAGUCGGUUCUGCUGGAAAAUGUUAUCAUCACUUAUAUGAAGUUUGGCAUUGUUGUUGGAAUAGUUGUAUAAGUGACCGCAAGUCAAGUCGGUCAUUGUUGGUGUUGUUUAUUUUGGCUUGCGGAAGCCAUGGUUGGCUCCUCAAAAUAGGUUUUUGAGUCAUUCUCUUUGGCAAUGUUGUCUUGUUUUUAUCGGUCAUUAUUCGAAUUAUGUGGUGUGUCAUCUCCUCUGUUCAUCUAUCUUCAAUUAGUUUCUCCU